CAGCACCGUCAGAACCAAAUCUACAAACCGAGCGAUCGUUGUACGUUCUCUAACCCAAUACCGUGCGUCCCAGUCGCGUAACGCGCAACAUGGCACGUGUCUCCGGCUCGCACAGCGCACGCUGACAGUCCUGUCACAACCGCGCGCGUCAACCAUGAGCCUGAAGACGCCCACGGCGCCGAAACGUCGCCCUUAGUUUUACCUUAAAAAAAAAACAAGAAAAUUAUGCUCCGUUUAUUUUUAAGCGCCUUCUGAACGAAGGACGAUGGUGCGUGAUUGUUCAAAAUGUUCAUUAUUAUUAUUACUUCUUCGUGUGUAGGUUAGUUCCAUGUUUGUGCCGUGUUGAAUUUUUUUUUUUGAGAAAUAAUCGAAAAAAUUGAAAAAAAUGGAAGGUGUCAUAGUGUCCACAACCGCGGAUGCUCGUAUGAAGACGCGCAUGCGCAACAGGAGUUUGAAGAGCAGGCCGAUCCUUUGCAGGAGCAGCAGCAGGGCUAACAGGAGCCUGACGAGGGCGAGGGGAGUGAGAGAGAGACACCAAGGGGGUGGUUUUAACAUCAACAAGCUGGUGAAUGAGAAUGGGGUGCAGAAGGAGUUUAGGCUUAGAGGAAAUGGCAUCUCCGAAUCGGAGUAUGUUUAUGGACCCUUCACUAGGGAGGUUUUCAAUGCAAUUUGUGUCCGUUUAGGACACACAGUUCACAUUCCUGAGCAUUCUCUAGAAACUGUCUUCAAUGAGAUGCAGUUAUAUCCGUCCAAAGCUCAAGUCUCAGCAAUGCUUCAGUGUGCAAGACAGUGUAGUAAAAGAAAUGGAAACUACGUUACGUUUGGAGAAUUUUGUGUUCUCGUCAAGGAAAUGCAAAAACAGAGCCCCAAACAACAAAGAAACAGUCAAGUUAAUAACUAUACAAAAUGCAAGAAACAGUGCGAAGUAUUUCUAGGGGGCUCUUGUAAUCCUACCACAUGGAGGGCCGAUACAGCCAUUCCUGCUCUUCAGAGAGAAGGGAUUUCUUUUUAUAAUCCUCAAGUGUCUAUGUGGGCCCCUGAGCUUUUGGUUGAAGAGUACAACGCUAAAGAAUCUGCGUCCAUCUUGUUCUUUGUAGUGGAUUCUCAGACAAGAAGUAUAGGGGGGAUGAUCGAAGUUGCUGAUUUGAUAGCAUCUGGCAGAUGUGUUAUUGUAGUUGCAUAUCCUUAUCAUCCGAAUCAGAAAAUAAUGGGAGAAGCCAUAUCGCAUAAGGAAUACAAAGAUCUGGUGGACGGUCAGUCUAAUUUACUCAUGCUAGUGAAAAGUAGGGGAAUUAAAGUACACAAAAAUCUCUCAACGGCAUUGCAGUGCACAGCGAACAUUUUAAGGAAUUCUUCAAGUAAUGGAGUCAAGCCAGAACAGCAAAUUAUGAAUAAACUCAGGAGGCUUCGAGAAGUGUUCGAUUCCUACGGCGGUCAAAGCGGAGACAUAAGCCUGCUGAAGGCCCUGGAGGCGUACGAGGAGCUUACGCAGCGCAACCUGCAGCCCAGCCAGCUUCACAACUACCUCCUGUCCAAGACCAACGCAGGCAACUUCACGAUGGACGCGCGGAUAAGCUUCGACAAAUUCUGCGCUCUGGUGGCGGAGUUUUCUUCAGACGGCUGCGAUUCCUGCAGAAAUGAAUGGGUGACGAAGCCUUUUCAACGACAAGUCUCUACCAACAACAACAGUUGCAACAUAGAAUUCCACCCAAUCAAUUCCUCAAAGAACUGCAGCUACGAUGUGUACUUAGGAGGUUCCCUGUCUACAAAGUCCAACUGGAGAAGCGACGUUGCCAUUCCUCUAUUGAAGAAACACGGUUUGAGUUAUUACAAUCCAGCCAUCAGAGAAAAUAUCGAAAUCCUUGAUAACAUGACUGUGAAUAGGAUUUAUCAGAAUGGAAAUACUAUCGAAGCCUUCCCUGAUGAGAAGAUCUUGGAAUGGAAGCAAGUCAUAGAUGAAAGUUAUGUGGCGAUUUUCGUGAUUAGCAACGAUACAAGAUCUUUAUCUAGUAUGAUAUUGGCAGCUUAUUAUAUCGGUCUCAAUGAAAAGGUUGUUCUGUGCAUACAAGAUUUACCGUCCAAUUGUAUCAUAAAUAAUGAAGUGUUAUCAGAUCAAGCGGUGAAGGAUUACAAUAGGGGCAGGGCCUACUUAACAGAUUUAGCAAGGCGGAAGAACGUGCCAAUGUUCCGUCAGGUCGAUGAAGCGAUAGUAAAGGCGAUAAAACUCUGUAAAAAUAGAUAGGGUAAUCGAAUAUUAGGAAUAUUUCUUGAAUGGUAAAUAUUUAAGUUCAUCACGUUGGGGAGUAAUUUACUCCGUCUGCUCUCUCUCUCUCUCUCACUCGCAUGAAAUCGGACUGAAAGGUACAAAUUUUUUAAAUAUUACCGAAAGAGUCUCCUUCGAUAUAUGGGCUUUAAUAAUUUUAUUUAUUUAAAAUUUAAAACAUGUUUUAAACAACUUGGACUGUGUAUAGAACUUUGUUGUUUUUCUGUUAACGGUUGUUUUUGUCCCGAAACUUAUUUUUGUAUGUUUAUCAAUGAGUGGAACGGUUGUGUCCAUUAUGACAUCUCGUACGGUUACUAAAAAACGUAGAUUUUAACUGUUAAUAAAAAAAUAUUUCGUAAUAAUUGAAUGAGUCCGCACAUUUCUGAACCUUUUUGGAGAGAUGUGCUGUAAUAAUUGUUAACAACUACUAUGUAUUUCCAGUUGUGUUAUUUUUGAGUUUCAAUUCAUGCCCAUCUUUUUACCUGCUCUCAAGGAGAGGUUCUAUUUUUAUAGUUUGAUUAUUGCAAUAAUUGUAAAUUUAAAAUCGAAUCGUUUCCGAAUGUUGACUGUAAAUUAGUUAUUUAUUUCAUACAAGUUCAAUUCACUUAUAUUUAAAUUAUUAUUGAACAUAUAUAUAUUUACUCUAUUUAUUUAUACUAUUUAUUAUUAUACAUCGUUUGUCAAAUUGUAUAUUCCUGUAAUGUUGUGAAUAUUUUCGUUCUUGUUGAGGUAAUAUGCAAUUCAGCGUGUGAAUUUAUAAAAUGAUCCUUGAAGUUUAGUCGAGACAGGUUGAGUCUCCAAUGUGUCAAUUUGUUCGGUCAGUAUUCUGAAACGAUUGAUCAUUCGGCAUUUUUUUGUGUGUUAUUAAAUUUUGGACAGCGGUCGGUUGAAACUCAAAAUUUCUUGAAAAAAUGUUUUUGUAUGAUGCUGAAGGCUUUCAAAGCCGGAUUGUUCGACAGAAUUAAAAAAUCCCUUGGUCUGAUCGAUUUUUAACCUUAUGUUUCGCCUACAGCUACGUUAAUCAUCUUCAGAGAUUUCAUGGUUGUAGAUUGUAACUUUCCACCGUUCAUCCCCUCCACUUCUGGCUGGUUCAAUUCGAGUGCGAUCUAUCUACUAGCCAGAGGCUAAGAAUAAUCGCAGAGAUGGGACACCAAUAGUUCAUAGCUCCUGUUUACAGAAUUAGAUCGCACUAGAACUAAAACAGCCAGAAGUGGAAGGGAUGAAGCAACCAUUUCACUACACCUUGUGGAAAAAAUGCACACAAGUAGACAAGAAGAACCCAGUUUGCAGAAAAACUAUGUGGAGCACUAUUGAGAAACUUCUGAAGAUGCUCACCGCUGUUGUAGAAGAAGCGCAAAGAGAAAAAUCGAUUAGACCAUCGCUAGAUAGCCCGAAUUUUCUAAUUCUGUUGAAUUGUUAUUGUGUAUUGGAUUCCAGGUAGGUUUGUGUAUUUAGCAUAAUGUGAUUCGAGUGUUUGGGUUUGAAAUGAUGAACAAGAUUCAAAUUUGCUGUGAGGAUUAACAAAAUGCCGCAUUAGAUUACCAUUCCAUUUCUUCGAUGAAUGAGUACUCUUGAGUAAUAUUUAAUUAACGAAAAGCUCACUUUCAGUUUAACUAUUCAUUAUUUUUUUCGUAUUUUGGUUGAAUUAUCAUCAAGAACUUUCGAGACUAAGCAAGAUUUGUACUGCCAUAAAACAGCUCUAUUGAUUUGUCAUUAUUGGUUUUUGCGCAUUAUAUUUUUGUGCAAUUGUGGCAGAAAUUUUGUUGCAUUGUUCUAAAAUAUAUUUUUUCACAUACACAUACAUAAAUUGAAUAUUUGUUGAGAAGUCAACUUGAAUUUUUUUGUAUUCAUGCAAAUUUCAAUAAUGUUCAUCAUUUUUUUUAGCAUAUUCAUUUGAUAUAUGCUGUGUGGAUUGCCAGAUGUACUUUUUCUGAGGUAGUUAGAGUAGUUUUUGUACCACAAAGUUCCUUUUUUGUAUGAGGCGUUUGAAAUGGCUCCUACUUCUUGCAAACAGAUCAGAUUAUUUUUGAAAUGAUGUAGUUGUUAACUGAGUGUUGGAUCUUUAAAGUAUUGAUCUAUUUGAUAUUACUCAAACAUCACUAAUGUUUGUCACAUUUUGUUCUUAGUAUGUAGAUUUAUUAAUUAUAUGUUUAUACAUAUUCAAUAGAUUAAUUUAUUAAAAUGGUUUUGUUUUGAUA